AAAACACGCACAUUAUUUUAUUUCUAAUAGCUUCGUUAAUUACUAGAAAAAUCUGUCAAUGCUAGGUAAAGGUGGUUUACCAUACUAUUAUCUUUUACAUGCAUGCCGUCUACAGAAUUACUUGCAGACGUGUAGUAUUAUUUGAUCAUGCUUAGUUGUGGUUAGUCGUUAGUCAAAACGAAUAACGGAGAAGGAGAAUGUCCAAUGAUGAAUAAUGAUUCUAAGCUCAUCUAAUACGUUAAGAGAGCACACGUUUGUAUUUUAAAGUAACACUCGUGAAAAUUAUUCUUUAGUCUCGAUUCAUCGAAUGUAAUAAUUGGUUCAUCUAAGUUCAUUCAUCUUUUUGACUGCAAUCUUUAGUAUUUCUAAUCAUUUUUUGAUUAAUUUAUAUGACGUGUAUAGUUUUCCAAACAUUGUAAGAUUUAUAACAGUAAACAUGAAUGCAAAUGAUAGUGAACAAACGGAGCAAUAUGAACCUUCUAUUAAGAAUAUAAUAGAACAACGAUCUUUACGAUGGAUUUUUGUCGGUGGUAAAGGUGGAGUUGGGAAAACAACAUGCAGUUGUUCUCUUGCCGUUCAAUUGUCAAAAGUAAGAGAAAAUGUUCUUAUUAUCUCUACAGAUCCAGCUCAUAAUAUCUCUGAUGCCUUUGAUCAGAAAUUUAGUAAAGUACCUACCAAAGUUAAAGGUUUCAAUAACUUAUUUGCAAUGGAAAUUGAUCCAAAUGUAGGUAUUACCGAAUUACCUGAAGAAUACUUUGAUAACGAAGCAGGUGGAGAAGCAAUGAGAUUGAGCAAAAGUGUUAUGCAAGAAAUUGUUGGUGCAUUUCCUGGUAUAGACGAAGCAAUGAGUUAUGCUGAGGUCAUGAAAUUGGUAAAAGGAAUGAACUUCUCUGUAGUAGUAUUUGAUACUGCACCUACUGGUCAUACUUUAAGAUUACUGUCAUUUCCUCAAGUGGUUGAAAAGGGAUUAGGAAAACUGUUGCUUUUAAAAAUGAAAAUUGGUCCUUUCAUUAAACAGCUUAGUUCUUUAUUGGGAAUCACUGAUUUCAAUAUGGAUACUUUUUCAAAUAAAAUGGAAGAAAUGUUAACAGUUAUUCGUCAAGUCAAUGAACAAUUUAGAAAUCCGGAACAAACUACAUUUGUUUGUGUGUGUAUAGCUGAAUUUUUGUCACUUUAUGAGACAGAAAGACUUGUACAAGAAUUAACAAAAUGUGGUAUAGAUACACACAACAUUAUAGUAAAUCAACUUCUUUUCCUAAAGGAAGGUGAUGUUCCAUGUAGACUUUGUCUUGCCCGGCACAGAAUUCAAGAUAAAUAUUUGGAACAGAUUAUGGAUCUUUAUGAAGAUUUUCAUGUUACACGUCUACCUUUAUUAGAAAGAGAAGUCCGUGGUGUACACCAAGUUAAAGAAUUUUCUGAAAAUCUUAUUAAACCAUAUAAGCCUUAACACAAAUGUAAUUAAUGGGAUUAUAAUACACAUAAUCAGACAUAUAAUCAGAAAAUUUGACAAUUUAGAUCUCAUAAUGCAAAAAUUUGUAUAAAAAUUUAUUUCUUAUAUUUCCAUUAUUCAUAUUAUAAUAAUCUGAUAAAUUCAUUCUUUGUUGCUUCUUGUAAUAAAUCCUACGUAUAAACGUAGCAGUUAAUAGAUAUGUAAGAGCUUUUGUGCAUUCUCUAUUAUUUGCGUGAGGUGUGUCUUAUGAAUAAAUAUAUACAUUUUGUAAGAAAUAAUGCGUUUAUUACAAAUAUAUAGUUUAUAAGACAAAUAGUUUGAAGACAUCUAAUAUCGUGUAUUAUUUACUUAAAACACUUCACGCAAAUAUUGGAAAAUGCGCCAUAAAAUUUCGAUAUAAAAGAUAUUAAUUACAUAGAACAUAGAAUAUAGAAUAUGCAUUUGUAUCUUUUAUAUCGCAUUAUUACGAUUAAUAAAUAAUUGUGAUUUUUAUCUGUUGAAUUUAUAUCUUUAUAAUAACACAAUACAAUGUUAUUUUGUUAUGUUGAAUAUGUAUAAUGCACAAUGACAUAAAUUAAAUUUAAUUUCAUUUUCAA